AUGAAAGUAACUAGUCGAACAAGCCGUCGUUAUAUUACUCCAACUAUGAAAGAUACAUCUCGAACAAUUUCUUCAACGAAUGUCAAGCCGUGCAAUAUUCCAUCUAUUUCUCAUUCUUCACCGAAAAAAAUUCUUGAUAUAUCAAGAGCAAAAUUAAAUGAAGCAUUAACAUUAAAAAACUCUAUCGAUUGUUUUCAUCAUGAUGAAUUUCAAGUUCAAUCAGAACAUAAUUCAAUUAAUUCAGAUUUUUCAUGGUUACAUAAUACAAAAUUGUCAUUGAAUUUAGAUGAAUCAAAAAGUACGUCUUGUUUACAUGAAAAUCUUUCAGAAUCAAUUGAAAUGCUUCCAUCAAUUGAUAUUGAUCGAGAUUUAAAUAAACGAGCAUCUUUACUUCUCAAUCAAACAUUGAGUGCUUAUUCAUCUGAUACAGGACAUACAUCAAAUAUAGAUAAUGAUUCCACUAGAACAACAAUUAAUACUCGAAUUGUUGAAUAUAAAAUUAACAAUGGUGAAGAUGAUAUAUUAUAUCAAUGGCGUUUACGUCGUCGAUUAGUACAAGCAAGCAAUAAUGAACCAAUUAAUUUUUCAUCGAAAGUAUCAAAUCAAGCUAAUAUAUCUUCAGUUCGUUCAAUUAUUCCUUCAAAACCAAUUGAAAUACCAACUAUAACACCAUCUCCAAUUGUUUUACCAUCAUCACCAAUAACAAAUCAUGAAUCAAUCAUAACUCCAGUACCUAUUCGACAAUAUUCCGAAGCAUCGACUCAAACAAUACAAGAUGCUUGUAUUCAAACAUCUUUAACUCUUUCAACAAUACCAAGUAUUUCUAAUGAAAUAGAUCUUCUUCCAACACAUGAUGAUGAUGAUGAUGAUGAUGAUGAUCAACAUUUAUCUGUUUGUCAUCGUCCACCAAUUCGAUCUAAAUGUGAAAUAACACAAAUAUUAUCAUCACCAUUAUCUAUUAAACGACAUCAUCGUACUUUUCGUCCAGUUGUUCUUGUCGAACAUAAUAGUUUGAAUACAAUUCAAUCUUCACAAGAAAGUACAUUAACACAAGUUACAUCCAUUAUGAUUAAUGACAAUAAUAAUAUGAUUGCAAUAAAUGAAAUACAAGAUGAUGGAGAAGUUGAUGAUGAUAUAUUAAAUAUAUUAAAACAAAAAAGAAAUGAAUUAUUAAUUCAAUUUCGAGAAAUUGAACGAUGUUUAGCUAAUAUGAUUUCUUAA